CAAAUCCCGUCAGUUUCUCUUGUGUUCCAAUGUUUGUAGCAUCGGGCAAGUCCAAUUCGAAUUCUUCAAGUUUGAUAUUUUGCUAACAUGUCGGCAAACGCCGAUAAAGAGAAAAAUUCAACCAAAAUGGCCGAAGAUCGCGAAGAAGAGAAAGCUACCAGUCCCGAUGCCAAGGAGGAUUCCAAGGUGGAGGCCACCGCCGCCGCUGAUAACAAGACCCCCGAUGUGAAGGAGGAAGGUAACGGUGAAGCGAGCGGUAAAGAGACGGUAUCUGCCGAAGAUGAGAAAGUUGACGAUAAAGUGAAUGCUAAAAAUACCUCCGAUGAGAAGGUCACUGACGCCAAGAAGGACAAAGCCGAACCGGAAGAGGACGAGGAGGAAAAUGAUGAAGAACCUGCUGAAGAGGAGGAAGAGGAGGGAGACGGUGACGAGGAAGAUGAGGAGGAGGAGGAGGAGCACGAGCAGGAGCAGGAUAAGGAUAAGAAAAAGGAAUCUGGUGGCAAACCUAAGUCAAAACCAGCUAAAGUGAGUAAGGAAACAGCUCCCGCCUCCAAGGAAAAGCCUAAGCCAGAGCCGAAUGUCGCCAAAAAUGGCGAGAAAAAAUCAACCGUGACCGCUAAACCGUUGGGUGCCAUUGCACUCAUUGACGCUAACAUUGCCAAGACCAAGAUGGAUGCACUCCAGGUGCUGCAUAAUAUUAUCUAUGAGAAGGAGGGCAAGGCUCCCUUCAUGAAGAAGAAUUUGAGAAAAUUCGAUGGUUUCCUUUUCGACGCCGAUUCGGACGAGUACAAGAAGCGUCUGCAGGCGGCAGAGAAGGUGGAUGUGAAGAAACUUGCUCAAACAGCUGAAAUACUCGAGCUGGACAAUAAAGGAAACAAGGAAGAGCUCGCUGAGCGAAUCUUCAAAUUUCUUUUGAAGCCGACCGGUGAGGAAGAGCUACCAGAAGAGGAAGCUGAAGACGAGGAAAAUGAAGACGCUGCUGAGGAGGAAGAUGUAAGCGAGGAGGAACCGAAGAAGUCGGCGAAGCGGCCAGCACCUUCGGCAGCAAGAGGCCGCGAAGCGUCAAAAUCAUCUGGAGGUAGGCCAAAGAGAUCUACCGCCGGCAGAGGAUAUCAAGAUAAUUCCUUAUAUGUAGAUUACACCAGUUCGGAGGAGGAAGAACGCGUGGUCAAGCCGCGUGGUCGACGCCGAAAUGAUUCCGACAGCGGAUCCGACUACAACCCAUCGGGUGGUUCUGAUUCGGACGCAGGCAAACGGCGAUCGGUUCGGGCGCCAGCACGUGGCAGUCGAGUUUCGGCGCGAAAUCGUCGCCGGCAGUCCAGCGAGGAAGAGGAAUCGGACAGUCCAAGCGACGAUGAAUUUAGCGAUGAUGAACCCAAGGCUAAGAAAGUCAAACCAACCGGAAGAGGACGAGGACGUCCGCCAGCAUCAGGACGUACUCCAGCUGGAGCUGCCGCUGCCGCCACCGCUGCUUCCAAAGGUCGAGGUCGCAAACGGAAGCCCGAAACAGAGAGCGAAGAUGAGGAAGAAUCCGAACCUGAAAGCGAGGAGAGUGAAAAGGUUAAAGAAAAAACUCCUGCUAAGGGUCGGGCGGCGGAAAACAGCAAGGCGAAAAAUAUUACUCCCCCAAAAGCUAAGGGAAGACCGAAGCGAGCGAUGCCUGUUAAGAAAUCCAAACGCGACGAAAGUACGGGAGACGAGGAUGAAGAUCCUGAACAGAACGAUAAUGAGUCCGAGGACGAGAAGCCACUGAAGAAGGGCAAAGAUGCUAAGGAGGACAAGGAAAGCCAGGAAAAGAAGGAAACCGAUGCAGCAGCGCCACCAAGUGAGGACGACAUUAAGGAGUUCCUGAAGGAAAUCCUCGAGGAGGCCAACCUAGAAGAAAUCACAAUGAAAACGGUGUGCAAAAAAGUGUACGCCAAGUAUCCCGACCACGACCUGUCGCAUAAAAAAGAUUUCAUCAAGGCAACAGUCAAAUCUCUAAUAUCGACGUAAGGUAUCGGAUCCGUAUGAGCAUCUAUGUUUGCGUUUUAUGCACGUUUCACAACAACUAAGAGCAAGCAACCGACAAAAUUACUAACAGAAUUUAAAUUGGAAACAAUAAAUGAUAAACCCCGAUUACGUGAUAAUGGAACACGUAUGAAAAUGAUCGAAAUCCACAACACGAUGCAAUUCAAGCUGCAAGUAAGUGGGUUAUGGUAGUCAAAUCAAAUCACAUUUACGCAGAGUUUAAAUCUAUCGAUAUCUAAUGAACAGAGAAAACAUUGAUCAAGCAUGAAAAUGUCAGUAAGAGCUAGAAUUUAAGUGUCAAAUGCAGUGUAUUUGGAUAACAGGACACAAAAAUAAAAAAAAAACAAGCUAUGUAUUGUUUAUCGACAAAAGUAUCAAACCAAAAGAAACUUAGACGCGAUACACGAAGUGUGCACUCGAAAGUGUUUCUCUGUCCAGAAGUACAAAAUUUCAGAUUACAAAAAAGAAGUUUUUUUUCUACAUCUGGCAGUUGGUUGCGAUUGAUUUCUAUUAUAAUUAUUAUUUUUCUUUCAUUCGGAAAUUGUCACAAACCAUGAAAAUGUUUUUAUGUGCGUAACAUUUUUUUUUUUCUUUCAUUCGUUUACGAAUUGUUUUGUUGAUGAACAUCUUUCAUGUUUAAUAAUAUAUUGAAGUCUCCUUAAUUUAAACUACUCUUUGAACUAUAUUUAGGAAGCACCGAAUGUUGUAUAAAGAAAAGAAAAAAACAAGCCACAGAGUAUUGAUUCUCCUGACACUGUGAACGCUAAACACAAAUCUGUAGUGAAUUUGGACUCAAAAUUACCGAAUCUUGGCCUCGAAGCGUAUUAAUCUAGGCAAAGUCAAAAACAAAAAAAGCAAAAUCGUGAGUUUAGGACUUAAAAGUGAGACACAAACAAAACAGCAUUGAGACAAACACGAAAUUAUACAAAAAAGAUUAACAUAAUGAAUGAACGUAGCGAAGAAGGAGGAAACCCAAGCUUAGUCGUGUUAAUAUGGCAGAGAAUAGUUCUUUUUAUAUCGAGAUGUAAUGGAAGCAAGCGCUAUAAAUUGCAGUGUUUAUUAUGAAUGCAGACAGAAAGAUAAGGAAAAAAAGAAUCCAGAAAUAUUAUUCAAAUACAAAUAAACUAUAAUGAACUAGGUGGACCCUUA